AUGACUGACAACGAACAUAAACUAUCUAUAAUAGAAUCGGAAAUAUUUCAUGCUAUACAAAAUUCUCAAUAUAAACGACUUGCAUUAUAUAUACGACAAAAUUAUAAUUUAAAUGUUACAUCAAAAGAUGGCCGGAACGGUUUAUUCUAUGCAUUGAAUAUAAAGGAUUCACAUAAACGAUGUCGAAUGAUAAGAUAUUGUUUAGAUCAUGGAAUUAAUCCAUUACAACGAGAUAAUGUUAAUGGUUUUACAAUAUUAAAUGAAGCUAUGGCUCGGCAACAGCUUGAUUCAUUUCAAAUUUUAUUUGAUGAAAUCGGCGGUGAAAUCGAUUGGCGUGCAUUAGAUAAACGUGGACGUACAACGUUGCAUCAAGCAGUUGAAUUAAAUAAUCUUGUAAUCAUUGAACCACUAAUAACAACUAUGGUUCAUUAUGCUAUUUCAGUUGAUGUCGUUGAUAGAAAUGGUUUAACACCCUAUUUAUUUGCUUUAAAACUUCAAUUACCUGAUAUGGCACAACUAUUAUUAAGAAAAGGUCAUGCAAGUCAGCAAACAUGCGAUUUAAAUACGCAUUUCAGUGCACGAGAAUGGGAAAGCAUUGGCAUCAAAGAAAAUCGUUCGAUUUUUCUUAAAAGAAUUCAAGAUGAAAUGUUCGAUGCAAUGAAAAAAGGAAAAAUAAAUAGAGUUAACAAAUUGAAACAGAUGUAUUGUUCAACAGAUCAAUUGUUUACAAAUGAUAAUUCACGUCGUAAUUCAAAUUUUACGACGACAACAAGGUCGGGUGUUAAUUUAAAAUCCUCUCUAUCCAUUAAUGAAAUAGCUGAUCGAUUACGUCAUAGUGAUAUACCUCAUAAACAUGUCAAUAGUAAAAAAACUGAAAAACCAUUUCGUUUGGAACCUAUGGUGCCAAGAUCUUUUCCUCCUAUGACGAAUCUAAAACGACAUGGACCAAGUGCAUCGAUGAAUUCAAUUUUAGAUUUAUUUCAGAUAGGUCAGUUAUCAUCCUGA